AUGCCACACGAAAUCUACAGUUACACUUUAGAACAACUUGACGAAUUAGAAGGUAGCAAGAUUACUUUGCCUGAGUUUAAUACCGAAAUAGCUUGGAAAAUUGGAAGCUAUGCUAGGGAACAAUCUCUUGUAAAGUUCCCCAACAAAGCAAUCGUAAUCGAUAUUCAAUUAGCGUCUGGACAAGUAUUAUUUCACACUUCAACAGGUGCCGGAGCUACCGUCGAUAACGACAAAUGGGUGGAGAGAAAGGUUAACGUGGUUAACAGGUUUGGAAAGUCCAGUUUCUUCGUUGGUCAAAAGCUCAGAAUCAAGAAGAAGCCUAUCGAGGAGGCAUUUUUGAUUUCCUCACUUGAAUUUGCAACUCACGGUGGUUGUGUUCCCAUUAGAAUAAAAAAUCUUGACAGUGUAGUUGGUACCUUGACAAUUAGUGGCUUGGCUCAAGAAGAGGACCAUUUAUUUGCUUUGCAAGUAUUAGAAAAUUUUGCUUAGUCAACCUCUAAAAAUCAGACAAAUGAAAAGAAUAAAAUAUCCUACUUUGU